AUGGCAGGCUUUGUUAACGACACAAAGAAGCUGGAACUGAAGGAUUUCCUCCAACAGCAAAAAGAACAGCACAACAAAAUGAACGUUGAAUUUAGCUGGCCAGACUUGUGCAAACAUAUACCGAAGUGCGUUUUGUACCGUGCCAAUCAAAUCCGUCAGAUCGCUGUCAAAGGGCUUGGACAAUGUUCGCACAAAGUGGUCGAUCAAUUUUUGAUGUUCGCUUUGGAAGUAUUGGUCAGCGAGGACGCACUGACGAAUGAAAAAUUUACAAUGUUGAAGGACAGGGCGGUGAACUUAACGUUCGAGGACGCUGAAACUAUGUUGCAGAAAUUUAAUGAAAAUGUCCCGACAGACAAUGAUGGCGAAAUCGCUGGUGAUAUUGAGACGGCAGGUAAUCUGUUCGGCUUGAAAUUAUGGUGUAGACCUGCAGUUGCGUUGACUAGUCAAGCAUUUCAGAUUCUGCAUUUAAAAAACACUGGUCAAAGUGUCGAUGAUUCUUCGUCGACACGCAGAAGGGAAGAAGAAAUGAAACCAGUUAUGGUUAAAGCUACAUUUGACCCAGCAACGUACGAGGAGAAGUUGACCGAGUACUAUGAAAAACAUUCUCCAGUAAUUUCUCGACAAGCAUUUAAGGAUACUAUAAUUGAUAUAAUACAAAGUGACAAUUCCGAAAGCGACUUAUUUGAUUUCCUCGGUUGUGAAGCCAUCGAGUUGGCAGAGUACAUCAUUGAAAAUCGUGAAUAUAUUAUAGCUUCAGAUCCCGAUUUAACGUCCGCGGUAACGCAAAAGAAAUGUAGCGUUGUGAUCGAGGAACUGUUAACUUUACUGUCCAAAGAAGACAAAGAAUUGUGGACGAAUAUGGAAAAACUAGGGAAAAAAUUGGCGAGGCAUCAGACGAACGAGAGAAGAAAAUAA